AUGCCAUCAAAAAAUAUAAAAUCUGGAGAUAAUUAUCGAGACAAAAAUGAAAAAGUAAAAAGUAAUUGGAGUAAUAAAUAUGAUAAAGAAAAUGUAAAUCGAAGAAACAGGGAAAGAGAGCAUGAUAAAGAUAAUUAUGAAUAUCCCAGAAAAAUACGAAAAGGAUUUAGAGAAUAUUCUAAUAAUAAAAAUUAUGAUUGGUAUAAUACAAAAUAUAGUAAUAAAAAUAAUAACUAUUUUGAGACUGAAGAUGAAAGAAGAAAUAAUUUUGAUGGAUAUUAUCAAAAUAAUAAUGAAAGAAAAUAUGAUAGAAGUUUUAGAAUAGGCAUGAAAAAUAAAGAAAGAAAAAUAUCUCGAAAUAAUAAUAGUGAAACUGAAAAUGAUAGUGAUUAUUCUUUAAAAUCAAAUAAUGAAACACCUUAUACACGCUCAGAUAAAAAUAAAAAAUAUAAACAAAAUAACAAGGAAUAUGAUGAAAAUAAAAGUUAUUAUUCAAAUAAUUAUAAUAAUACAAAAUAUAUAAAAAAUUUAGAUCAAUAUUUAGAAAAAAGACCUAAUAUUGAAUUGUCCAGAUUUAUUUAUAUAUAUAACAUACAUAAUGAUACAACAGAGGACGAAAUAGAUGAUAUAAUAAGAAAUAUAGCUAUUCGUUAUGGCUUUUCUUUACCUAUUAAUAUAUAUAUAAAUAAAUUAUCUUAUUUUUCUACAAGUGAUGAAUUAUUUAUAAGAGAAAAUUUAGAAUUUUUAAAAAAUAAUUUUUAUUUUAAUUAUAUAUAUCAACAUAAUAUAAUAAAUUCACAAAUUGAAAAUGCAAUCAAUGAUAAUACAUGUUGUAUAAUUGAAUUCCCAUCGAGUGAAGCAAGUAGAAAAUUAUUUUCCCUUUAUGAACUUAGUAAUUAUUCAAUUACAAUUAAAAAUAAUUUAAUUUCAUAUAUAUUUCCAUUAUUUAAAUUAAAAAAAAAAAAUAAUAAUAUAUAUGAAGAAAAACAUACAUUAAAAAAAACUAGUGAUUGGAUAUGUUCAUCUUGUAAUUUUUUAAAUUUUUCUAGACGAAUUACAUGUCAUUUAUGUAAGGAAGGCAAAACUGCAGAUGCUAAAUUAAUAGAUAAUGAAAAAGAUUCAAUUGCAUCAUCAUUUUUUUUAAAUCAUAAUAAUAUUCUAAAUACUCAAAAUAGUAACAUUUGCCCAAGUUAUUUCUCAAAAGUUACUACAAAUAAUGAAAAGGCUAUAAAUGAAACAUUAAGUAAUAUUCAUAUAAAUUCUACACAAAAUAUUAAUGAAAAUGUAAGUAAUUAUCCUAAUUUUCCUGAUUUUGCAAAACAAACAAACUCUCAUUUAAAUAAUGGAAAAAAGGAAUCAGAACAUACUAGAAAAUAUAUUCAAGGAUAUAAUAAUUCAUUGCUCUAUACAAAUAAUAAUAGUAAUAACCAAUUUGAUUUCCUUAAUAGCAAUAUAAAUGUGGAAAAAGGAACACAACAAAUUUUGAACGACAAGGAAAAAACGAAUAUGCUAAUUUUAAAAGAUAUAGAUGGAAAUAUAUCAAAUAAAGAUAUAUUAACAUUUUUAAAUGAAAUAUUUGAAAAAAGAAAUGUUAAAUAUUUGUAUUUGUUUAAUGAUAUUAAAGGGUCAAAUAAAAGAAAAGGUUUUUGUGUUAUCGAAUUUAAUAAUGAAUUUUCUGCUGAAAAAAUGAUGAAAGAAUUAGAUGGAAAUUAUUAUGUUAAAUUUCAAAAUAAUUAUUUAAAAUUAGAUUAUAUAUAUCAAAAAGAAAAAUCCGCUUUUUUUGAAUGCAUACAACUAGCUAAAUUAAAUAUUCAUAAAUCAUCUGCUUCGCAAAUUAACAAUUCUAUAUCAUAUUUUAAUUUUUUUAUUAACUAUUUAGAAGCUAUAAUAAAUACUAAUAUUAUUAAUUACACAUAUUUCCUGACAUGGUCAUCACAAAUUAUGAUUUUAAAAAAUGAAAAACCCCAGCUCACUGAAUUCUUUUUUGAUUAUAAUAGUAAAUAUUAUUACCAUCCAAUUUAUCAAAUAUAUUUUGACAAUAAUACAUCAUUUUAUAUGUCUUUAGCAAAUGGUUAUUAUAUAUGGAAUGAUAAUUCAAAGUGUCUUGUUCGAUUUUAUAUGGAUAAUUCUCAGAAAAAUUAUGAAAUAAAUAACGAACAAAAUUGUGAAGCAAUAAAUAAUGGUGAAGAGUUUUCCAGUAGAGGGAUGGGAAAGGAAAUAAAUCAUGAAAAUCCGAAAACACAUCAAAUUAACAAAAAUGAUAAUGAGAUAGAUAAUCGUGGAACUAGCGAAAAUAAUAACAUUAAUACGAAAAUAUCAAAUCUUGUGCAAAAAGCCAAAAUGAUUGCUCUAGAAUCAAAAAAAAAUAUGGAAAAAAUGAACAUAAAUGAAAUUAAUAUUAAUUUAGAAAAAAAAAAAAAAAAAAAUGAUAUAAUUAAAAAGCAUUUCUCGACAGAUUUGGAUGAUGAUGAUAAUGAUUCGCCAGAUCUUGAGGAAUUAAAAAAAAAAAAAAAAGGACACUAUAGUAAUAAUACUAUUAAUAGUGAUAAAAUUGAUCAAAAAUCUAAACAUGAAAAUAAUUAUAAUGAAGCUUAUGGAAAAUUAUACAAUAAUAAAAUAGAGAAUAUAAAUAAUUAUAAUAACUAUAAUGAUAAUAUUAACAAUAUAAGAAAUGGAAAUUCAACUACUAAUACUGGAGUUACUAACAGCUUUAAUGACAUAAAUAAUAUUAAUCAGCAUCAAGAAAAUAUUGUUGAUUUAAAUAUUUGUUUUAUAUGUUUGAGAAAGUUUGAAAACUCAACACUUCUUCAAAAACAUAUAGAUAUGUCAUUAUUACAUAAAAAAAAUAUACAAUCAUUAUCCGACGUUACACCUGUUAGUUAA